GAAUGUUACUUAUUCCUAGUUCACUUUUUUAAUAGGUCAGAAAUGUGAAUUCCAGGAUGCUUACCUUCUGCUUAGUGAAAAGAAAAUCUCAAAUGUACAGUCCAUUGUACCUGCCUUAGAGAUUGCCAAUGCACACCGUAAACCUGUAGUUAUCGUUGCUGAAGACAUCGAUGGAGAAGCACUCAGCACCUUGGUUUUGAAUAGAUUGAAGGUUGGUUUGCAGGUUGUGGCUGUUAAAGCACCUGGAUUUGGUGAUAACAGGAAGAACCAACUGAAGGACAUGGCCAUUGCUACUGGUGGUACAGUAUUUGGGGAUGAGGCACUUGGACUGAAUGUGGAGGAUAUCCAGGCCCAUGAUUUUGGUAAAGUUGGUGAAGUCGUAGUCACCAAAGAUGACACCAUGCUGUUGAAAGGCAAGGGUGACAAGAGUGCCAUUGAACAGCGCAUUCAAGAAAUCACAGAAACAUUAGAAGUUACGACAAGUGAUUAUGAGAAGGAAAAGCUAAAUGAAAGGCUGGCCAAAUUAUCAGAUGGUGUGGCAGUAUUAAAGAUUGGAGGUACUAGUGACGUGGAGGUGAAUGAGAAGAAAGACAGAGUGACUGAUGCACUUAAUGCUACUCGAGCCGCUGUGGAGGAGGGUAUUGUUGUUGGUGGUGGAUGUGCUCUACUGCGGUGCAUCCCAGCAUUGGGUGAUCUUCAACCAGUCAACGAAGACCAAAAAGUUGGAAUUGACAUUGUUAGCAAAGCUCUGAAAGUACCUGCUAUUACAAUAGUCAAAAAUGCUGGAGUUGAAGGAAGCUUAAUUGUGGAGAAGAUCCUACAGAGUCCACCAGAGAUUGGCUAUGAUGCAAUGGCUGGGGAAUUUGUAAAGAUGGUAGAAAAAGGAAUUAUUGAUCCCACAAAGGUUGUGAGGACUGCCUUGCUGGAUGCAGCUGGUGUCGCCUCUCUCUUGGCAACAGCAGAAACCGUAGUCACAGAGCUCCCAAAGGAUGACAAAGCACAAGGAAUGGGGGGUAUGGGUGGCAUGGGUGGUGCAGGGAUGGGUGGUGAUAUGUUUUAAUUCCUUGUAUCUUUUCCUAUGAAAAGUGACUGACAUGUUAAUAUGGUCAAUUGAAUGGCUGCUUCCACUAGGAGAUUACCAGAUGAAUAAAUAUAAACCAGGCUGAACAGACAAUAGCUCUAUUGCAAUAUUUCUAAUUAAGUUAAUGCAGCCAUGUUGGACUGUGCUGGAUCUCAAGCAAUUUGUUUACUGCCCUCUGUCAGUACUAUUGUAACUUAUUUUAUAUUGAAUUAAAAAUCAACAUUUGUACAUUCCUUGGAGUACUGAAAGUGUAAACCACCUGAAAUUCAUUGGUUUUAUGGUAACAGUACUGUGCUGACAAUAAGUAACAAAUUAAAUGAUCAAGGCAGGUUUUCUGUGAAAAACCAGACUGAUCUGUACUCUUUCCAGUGCAGUGUGAGUAUAUCAUGUAAUAUUGCCAUAAAUAAAACAGAUGGCUAUCACA